GGCUGGAGCUCCGGAGGGCGAGGCUCACAAACUGUUCUCCCAACUGUGUGCGCCUCUGUCCGCGUCUCUGUCCGCGUCUCUGCCCGGUACCGCCGCUGUUCCCCGGGUCUGCGCCUCUGGGUCCGCUCCUCUGGUUCUGUUCCUCUGGGUCUGCUCCUCCGGUUCCGUCUCGGUUCGGUUUACACGAGUUUUCUUUAGUUUUCGGACAGUUUUCUGCGCCUGCGCACGGAGAGGAUGGUGACGCUGGAGACGCACCAGAGCCAAGAGCUUCAGGUCCCGAGCUCCGACCCGGGAUCGAGUCUGGACCCGAGUCUAGACCCGGGGAUGAACUCGAAUCUAGACCCGGGUCUGAACCUAAACCAGGUCUUAGACUCGGGUCUAGACCUGAAUCAGGACUCGGGGCCGAACGCCAUCACGGUGCUGACGCUUCUGGACAAACUGGUGCUAAUGUUGGACACGGUGCAGAGGGACCAGCACAACAUGGAGGUGCACCAGGUGCAGAUGGAGGGCGUGGUCAGAGGGAUCCAGGCCGACAUGACCAAACUGUCCAAGAGCCACAGCCACACGGCCAACACGGUCAGCAAACUGCUGGACAAGAGCCGCAAGCUCUCUGUGACCAUGAAAGAGGUUCGUGCUCAGAUGGACAAACAAGGGGCUCAGGUGAAGAAGCUGGAGGCAAACCACGCCCACCUCAUCGACCGCAACCAGUUCAGAGUCUUAAUCUUCCAGGAACAGACCGAGAUCCCGGCCUCAGUUUUUGUCAAAGACCAGCCGCCGUUUCCUCGUGAUGACAUCACAGAGGAGGGGGAGGAACCUGAGCCUGAGGGGGCGGGGCUACACACCAUUGACCUAUCAUCUGACGAGGAGGCGGGUCUAGAGGCGGAGCUAGAGGACGACUGGCCCCAAGACCUGGAACUGGAAAACCUGGAACCAACGAGAGCUGAGAAACUGAAGAGAUCCAGCCUCAAGAAGGUGGACUCUCUGAAGAAGGCGUUUUCGAAGCAAAAUAUCGAGAAGAAAAUGACGAAGAUCGGAACCAAACUGGAGCAACGCCACAAACUGAAACUCAAGUCUCCAGUUUCAUUCGGGCUCAAGAAGUCUCGUGGAUCGGCUGAGAUCGCGGUGGAGACUCUGGAGGCCGUGGCUGAAACCAGGGACUCGCCUGAUGCUCUGCCCCAGGACGAGGCUCCAUCUGUGGAGCAUGAGGAGCAGGAGGCCCCCCUGGAGUUGGACCAGAGCCAAGACCAGAGCCAAGACCAGAGCCAAGACCAGAGCCAAGACCAGAGCCAGGACCAGAGCCAGGACCAGGGGAGCAUUGAGGGUGUGAGUCAGGACUAUGCCCUAUCCUCCACCCUGCCCCAAGACCAAGAACCAGACCAAGAACCAGACCAAGAACCAGACCAAGAACCAGACCAAGAUCCAGACCAAGAUCCAGACCAGAGUCCCAAAGUGGAUCUAGAGAAGGAUCUGGAGGAGGAGCCAGAGAAGAAGCAGGAGGCCGAGGGCUGGGCCAGAGCCGAGGGGGAGGAGUGACGUACUGGACGAGUCAGGAGGCGGCGCCAAAGUCUCUGAGAAAUACAGAAUAAACAUAAGAUCAGAAAUAUAAAACAGAAAUAUAAAACAGAAAUAUAAAGUAAAAAUAACAUAAAUAUAACGUUAUCAUUAAUAUAAGAGCACUUUUCACAGUGGCUGAAACAGAUUGUGACAUCACAUCCCAAAGCAUCAUGGGAGACGCCCUUCGCCAAACAGUAAAGCAAAGCACUCCUGCUAACGCUAACGCUGCUAACCCUAACGCUAACACUGCUAACGCUAACACUGCUAACGCUAACGCUGCUAACGCUAACGCUGCUAACGCUAACGCUGCUAACGCUAACACCGCUAACACUAACGUCUGAACAGAUCAAACAUUCACACUUUUGUGGUUUUAGAGUUUGUGUUUUUACACUGUGGUCAUGUGAUCAUGUGACCUACACAAUACACACGACACACACGACACAACACACACAUCUGUAAAGGGUAACGUCAUCUGUAAAGCAUGACAUCGUCUGUAAAGCGUGACGUCGUCUGUAAAGUGUGACAUCGUCUGUAAAGUGUGACAUCAUGAGGUGGUUUCUUGUGUUCUCUGCUUCUGUUUUCCUGUUCAGUUUUUUUACAGAAAAGUGCAGUUUCACUAAAAUGUGACUCGGGCCUUUUCAUGACAUCAUCAUGUGACAUCAUCAUGUGACAUCAUGUGACAUCAUCAUGUGACAUCAUCAUAUUUCAGAUUUCUUCUCUUUUUUUAACCCAAAGCUUCACUUUUCAUGACAAAGUGUUUUUAUUUAUGAUGAAAAGUUUUGUCUCUGCUCCAAAGUCUGAGCUCAGUUUGGACUUUAAACAUGUGACGUCAGAGAGGAGGAAGAGGAGGAGAGGAAGAGGAGGAAGAGGAGGAAGAGGAGAGGAAGAGGAGGAUGUGAUCAGCUCCUGCAGAGUCUCAGUCGUCCAGUGCGUUUGGAGCAAAGACAAAACUGUGACAGACCAAAGAUUCACUCAAUAAAAUUUCACUCAAAUA